AUGAGUGACAGCAAAGGAGAUUCCAAGCAGCAUUUAUCAACUCCUGCUGAGGACCCCGAUCAAGAACCAACCGAAAAUAUCUCCCAACAACAACAACAUCAGCAGCAGCAACAGCAUGGGAUUGGUCUAACUGGUGCUCCGUUCGUUUCUGCUCCUUCAUACAUCCCCAGCGUGGCAACGGCAGGAUCUUUUGAACAGCAGCAGCAACAACAGUUACACUUUGAAGCUGUGAAUCCAAAGAGACCUAGAUAUACAGCUGGUCAAUGGAAGCUCUCACCUUCUGCAUCCUCUCAACAACCACCGCAAAAAAGGCAAACACAAACAAAUAUAUUAGUCGCCACCGAUUCAAGCCCUUCUCCAACACCUACGCAAGUUGCAACCAACCCGCAAACUGUGGCCGUGGCUGCUUCCUCUUCCGACACUGCAUCUUCACCUUCUCAUUCUCCGAGGCCAUCCCACUCUACUGCUUCAGGCCACGAAGCUGCCAACCCAGAGGGAUCCCUAUUCCAGCACCAACAAUUUAGAAAAGGCAAAUAUGUCAGCCCUGUUUGGAAACCAAAUGAGAUGCUGUGGUUGGCUAGGGCUUGGAGGGUUCAGUACCAAGGCGGAGGCGGCUCAGAACUUGGGGAGGGCGGAGCAGCUGCUGACGUCGCAGCCACUGCACCGGCGAGGGGGAAAACAAGAGCAGAUAAGGAUAGGGAAGUUGCUGAAUUCUUGAAUAGACACGGCGUAAGUAGGGAUGCCAAGACUGCUGGGACUAAGUGGGACAAUAUGUUGGGAGAAUUCAGAAAGGUUUACGAGUGGGAGAGAGGUGGUGAAAGGGACCAGGUUGGGAAGAGUUAUUUUAGGCUAUCGCCGUAUGAGAGGAAGCUUCACAGGUUGCCUGCUUCAUUCGAUGAGGAGGUUUUUGAAGAGCUCUCUCAAUUCAUGAGCUCAAGAAUGAGAACUCACAGUAGAGGAGUCUCCCCAGGUAUCGUCUCUGGCGGCAUUGGGGGUGACGACGGCCGGUCAGUCCUCGCAACCACAACAAAGUCAUCAUUGGCACCGCCUCCUCCGUACCGCGAAGAAGAUCUUUCACUCCCUGCAGCAAGGUCGAAGCAGUUGGUUGCGACUAGUAGUGGAGCUGAAGCUUUCCCACUUGGAGGGAGAGGAGGAACAACAUUAGGGUUUGAGACUUCUUUAGAUGUGCUUGGUGGUGGUCCAUCUACUUCUACUUAUUCAAAGGAAUUUCGCCGAAUAGGUAAGAUAAGAAUGAUAUGGGAAGAAUCCGUGAGCUUGUGGGCUGAAGAAGGUGAACACCACAGGGGAAGAGUGAAAAUCCAAGGAUCAAGCUUUUUAAAUGCUGACGAAAUUGCUUUCUUGGAUGAUUCGAUGGUUGCUUGCACGAUGGAAGCCUUUGAAGAUGGACCUCUAAAAGGCUUUUCCGUUGAUAGAUUCCUCCCUGGACAACACGUCAAAGUCUUUGGCAGAAGAAAAUCUUUCUUUGUUCCCGUUCCUAUUCCUUCAGGUCCCAGUGAAAGAGUUCCUGUUCACUCUGCUGAACCCUCCAACAUUAGUAGACCUAUCCCUGCAUGGGAAUUUCAAGACCCUAGUGAUUAUUACCUGGGAUGCUUGCGGGUUCCACCUCCAACCCUACCUAGCUUGUUUGAGCUCUCCUGGCACCUACAAGAGCCGCCGCCUGAAGAAUUUCGCUUCCCGCUCCGGAAAGAUGUGUACAAGGACCUCCCUCAAGGGAAAGAUCUCUUCUUUUCUAUCUCUAGUGAACUUUUGGAUUGCAGAGCCAUUGCUUACGACAUCUUGAGCCCAAUUAUGAGACAAAACCCUAGUCUAAGUGGUGCAUCCGCCUCCGCUAGAGAUUCUUUUAUUGGCCUUUGGGAUGAUUGUGUCAACAGGAUCGUGUCCAAAUUCUGUGCGGUUGAAAUGGUGUUUGUCCGAAAAUCCAGCUCGCCUCUGGCGGAAACGAUGCAGGAUGAGUGGCCUAAUAUGACAGCAUUCGUAAGGAACUUCUGCUUGUGGAGGGGGGAGGAGACGGAUCAAUUGAGGGAAGGGCAAAUAGACCCUUCUUCCUCAAUAGUGGAGAAGUUGCUCUGGACUUACGCUGACCUUCCGUACGUAUUGGGCUACUAUGCGGUGGGCUACAUUGUCACAUUCUGCGCAAUGAGCCGAUCCCAAGACCGGAUUGUCCGGACGGAUCUUUACACAGUCGAUCUCUCAACCCCGAUGGAGAGACUAAAAGCCCUAGUUCCCUGUUGGAGGAUUGCUGGGUUGUUGCCUUUGUUAGCUGAUCGAUGCUCCCAAAGUAGCAUGAGCAUAAAUGGUGGCGACGUCUCUUACAGGCUACUUCCGUACAGUGACUUCGAGAGAAUUGAUUUGGGCAGCGGUAGUAUCUUGGAAAUGACGCCUAACUCAGUGACUAGGUUGUUUUCAAGCAAACGAAGGUGGGCUGCAGUCAAAGAGAUCUACGAUUUCCUGGACCAUCGGAUCCCGCACGUCGAAUUCAUCAUACGAUCGUCCGAGAAAGAUUUAGGAAUUGUGUUCAAGCCUAGAGGAUGCAAGUUGAAGCCAACCAGUUGUGAUCAGUUAAUAGAGGCUCUCAAGCAGGUAACAAAAGCGCUAGUUGCCCUUCACGACCUCUCCUUCAUGCAUAGAGAUCUGGGUUGGGAGAAAGUGAUGAAAAGAAGCGAUAGGGAAAACGAAUGGUUCAUAACCGGGUUUGAUGAGGCGGUGAGUGCACCCCAGAUAUACCCGCACGGAGGAGCGGCGAGUGGGAGGCACGCGCCGGAGAUGGGUAGGGGUUUGCACGGGGUGAAGGUGGAUGUGUGGGGGGUGGGUCAGCUGGUUAAGACUUGCGGAUUGGUGGCUGUCCCUAAAUUGCUGCGGGAGUUGCAGAACAGGUGUCUGGACCACAACCCGGAGCAGCGACCGACGGCGGCGGACUGCUAUCACCACCUGCUGCAGUUGCAGUCUUCGAUGUCAGCGGCCGCCGGAGGUUAUUGA